AUGCCUCCCAGAACGGCGCCAGUACCGCGUGCCUCCUUCACAUUCCACGCGAAGCAUCUCCGACGACGCCUCCCGAACCGAAGAUUUGCGUCAACAUUGGCUCUUCCCGAGCACCCACUAUGGCGCGGUCAAGAUCCAGUCACUCGCAUUGGGCAGUCGAUAACAGGUGGAAUGGAAUGGCAGACGAGCACAUACUGCUGGAAUGAGCAGAACCUCAAAACACUUCCCGUGGCAGCCACCAACGUGGAGAAGCUAAUCGAAGGAUAUGUCACAAUGAAGCAAGUCAACAACGAAGGAAAGGACCUCAGAGCGAUACGAACGGCAUUGGCUGCGAGGAGAAAGAGCGCGGAGAAAGUCUACGUCAGCAAGCCUAAGAUGAAGGAUUUUGGCGACCGGAUAGAGUUGACGGCUUUUGUGUUCGAUGGAAAGCAGCAUGCCAGGGAGGCCGAUGAGAAGAGAUUCAAGGCGCGGACAGGAAAGCCUGGCGAUAGCAAGAAAGCGAAGGGGAGCGAGUCCGAUAUCAUACUGGAUCCUGCACAACAGGUCGGACUACAGGGACUCAUUGCGAGAAUAUACGGCAAGCCAGUGGACUUGAAGCUCAUCAAGCUGAACAAGCCACAUCUUGAUGCCGACAUCCUCUCUGCAGUUGUUGCACAGAGACUUCGCGAUCGAAGGAAUACACCGCGGCGAGUCAUUCGUGAUGCGACCUGGAAAGCACCUCUCCCGAACGCACAGGCGGUUGCAGCUAUUCAGCAGAAGAAAGCGCAGCGACAGGCAGUCAAGUUUUCCUGGGAUGAUUUCACUGUGGGAAACCUCGGACAGACAUCGAAUGGAACAAUCAAGGAAAAGCUGGCGCUGAGCCAAGUUAGCAGUGUCGAGGUGGAGGCUGCUGGUCGUUUGACCAAGCGUUUAACGGCCAACAGAUCAGCAAAGAAGAUGGCUAGACGAGGUGCCAACUCCAAGGGGCCGGCCGUGUUACUGCGAGGGUUCAGAAAGGCACAUGUACAGUACGCCUUUGCUGGCGGAAAGAGGAGAGUUGGUCAAUUCGGCAUCCGAGUCUCAUUAGGCCAUGCUUAA